CCCCACACAUCACAUUGUAGAAUUCCUUUUCUAAAAGUUGAACAAAAACUGCUCGCUACAAUGUCAGAAAUGUCUGCCAUGAACAGGAAGUUAAUUCAGAUUCUAGCUGACACGCUUUCCAAGCAAGUGAAACGCUUUAACAAGACAGAAGCAGAAUGUCUGAUCCGACUGUUCAAUGGUCUGAUUGGAGACCAAACUGAAAGGCGGGUAGGAAAUGGGCUGGAUCGAGGCAAAUUCAGGAAUGUACUCCACAAAACAUUUGGCAUGACUGAUGACAUGAUCAUGGACAGAGUCUUUCGAGCAUUUGACAAGGACAAUGACAGUUAUGUCAGUGUCAAGGAAUGGAUUGAGGGAUUGUCUGUCUUCCUACGUGGCACCCUGGAUGAAAAAAUAAAAUAUUGCUUUGACGUCUAUGAUCUCAAUGGGGAUGGAUACAUUUCACGAGAGGAGAUGUUUCACAUGCUUAAAAACAGCUUAAUUAGACAACCAACAGAGGAGGACCCUGAUGAAGGAAUCAAGGACCUAGUGGAGAUCACUCUCAAGAAAAUGGACCAUGACCAUGAUGGCAGACUGUCAUAUGCAGACUUUGAAAAGGCAGUGAGAGAGGAGAACUUACUCCUAGAAGCUUUUGGAACAUGUCUCCCAGAUGCAAAGAGUAUACAGGCAUUUGAGCAGCAUGCAUUCCAGGAACCUCUUGAACACUGACGACAUACUUAGUAUCUGAAAUUGGUCUACUGAAUGUCAUGGCAAUUAUACAGGCACACAAAUAAAGUGAUUUAUUUUUCAAUAAGUUUAUUUUAUUACAACAUCAUUAAACCUUGCUGGAUUCCAGCAGAAAUAGAAA